CUUCUCCUCCGCAGCAACCAAAUUCCCCAGCGACGACCUCAACGGCCAGCAAUGUCGGGCCGCGGCAAGGGAGGCAAGGGGCUGGGCAAGGGCGGCGCCAAGCGCCACCGGAAGGUGCUGCGUGACAACAUCCAGGGCAUCACCAAGCCGGCGAUCCGGCGUCUGGCGCGGCGCGGCGGCGUGAAGCGCAUCUCCGGGCUCAUCUACGAGGAGACCCGCGGCGUGCUCAAGAUCUUCCUCGAGAACGUCAUCCGCGACGCCGUCACCUACACCGAGCACGCCCGCCGCAAGACCGUCACCGCCAUGGACGUCGUCUACGCGCUCAAGCGACAGGGCCGCACCCUCUACGGAUUCGGCGGCUGAUCUGAUCCCGCGUGUUCCUCCGUUGUUAGGGGUUGCCGAUGUGAUGUAAUGUGAUGCGCAUUGUUUCAGAUUAAUCAAUGGAUUCGCUGUUGCUGUUCA